AUGGCAUGGCUCCGUCCGGGCAUCCCAUCGGCCUCCGUGGCGCAAUGGUUAGCGCGUUCGGCUGUUAACCGAAAGCUGCACCUGGCGGCGCUGACUUCCCUGAAGGGCGACAUUCUGGACCUCACCGAGAGGCUGCUCGCCGCGUCCGAGGAGCGAGACUUGUUGGAGGCCGCCCUCUCAAAAACGGAGGUGGAGCGGCUGCGCCUGGAAGGGGAUGCGGAGUCCCAGGCCCAAAGGAUCACCGAGCUGCACAGCGUGAUUGCCGAGCUGAGCCGCAAGCUGGACCGACAGCGCAGCGCUGUCAUUGCGGAGGCCCUGGACGAGGAGACCGAAUGCGACGAGGACCACGACGGGGAGGAUCAGGCGGGACGGGGUGGCCAGGACCAUGAAUCUGGUGCCAGCGUCCACGAGGAUGUCGAACUCUCCUCAGAUUUUGAUGAUGGCGCUCUUCAAAGGGGUGUUGUUAAUGCUGAUGAAUCAGACGCCCAGGAUGUGGAACAAACAAUUGAUGAUGUUGUUUCAAACAACAGCUCGGACAGUGAUUUAGACCAUCCCCUACCAGUCAAAAGAAGCACUCUUAAUAGGGGGGGCUCGCUUUCCUACCAUAGUCUGGAAAUUGCUGCUUUACGUGAUGAACUUGUUCAAGCUAGAGCAGAAAACGCAACACUAACAGAUCAACUAGCGCGCCAGAAUACUGAACUUUCUCGUUCACAAGCUCUACGCCAUGACAGAGACCGCCUCAAGCGGAAAUUAAGGGAUUUGGAAAUUCGUCUAAGUGCUGGCGAGAGUGCUGAUAGUCCUCUGCCUAAUCCUGCACCAUCUGCUAUGGCUCCAUGCUCCACAAGUAUUCCUGGCUCUCCAAGUCAUGGAGCUGCUCUCCCAGGUGUUCCAAGAGAGACUGACAUUCCGGUCAUGAAAGUUGCAGAGCGAGUUCGAUUAAAACGUAUGGAUCAACUGAUUACUGGUUCAGAGAUAGCAUCCGUCGGAGUAAGUUCAAAUUAUUUUGAAAAAAAAUUGUUCACUGAUCUUUAACA